AUGGCUUCUGACGCGCCCAAGGGAGCACAGGCGCCGCCUUCGGGCCCGCCUUACCUUCCCCAGACUGCCCAGUCGGGCGGCCUGCCGACUCCCAUUCCCGACGACCCUAUAAUCGCCGUGUUACUGCUCUUCUUCGUCGGCGGCGCCGUAACGAACAUGACAAUAUUCCAACUGAACCGGCGCCGCGACCACAAGUUCAUCCCCUCUGCGCUGCUCUUUGGCUUCUGCAUGGCCCGCAUAGUGGCCUUAUCCAUGCGCAUGGCCUGGGCCAGCCACCCAACCAAUAUCAACGUCGCCAUCGCCGCCAACAUCUUCACCGCUGCCGGCGUGCUUCUCCUAUUCGUCAUCAACAUAGUAUUUACCCAGCGUAUCGUACGGGCGUACCAUCCGACCUUUGGCUGGCACCGCGCCACACACUGGACCUUUCUCGCCCUCUAUUUUUCCAUCAUUGCCUCCCUCAUUAUGGUCAUCACGAGCACGGUACAUUCCUUCUUCACCCUUGACCUAGACGCCCGCCAGAAGGACCGGGACGUGCAGCUCUUCGCCGGCACCUACCUGGCCGUAAUGGCCUUCCUGCCAAUCCCCGUCGUGAUUCUAGCCAUCCUUUUCCCCCGCCAAAAUGCCAUCGAGAAGUUCGGCCGCGGCCCCUUCCGCCACAAGCUCAUGCUCCUGCUCUUCACCGCGACUCUGCUGAGCUUCGGCGCCGGCUUCCGCAUCGGCGUCAACUUUGCUCCCCGCCCGGCUUCGGACCCUGCGUGGUACCACCACAAGGCUGCUUUCUACACUGUCAAUUUUGUCAUCGAGUUGAUCGUCGUCUACACCUAUGCCAUAUCCCGCUUCGACCAACGCUUCCACAUCCCCAACGGCAGCUCCGCCCCUGGCCACUACUCGGGUGCUGUCAGGAAGAACUCGGACGAUCAGCACCUCGACUCGGCUGCCAAUUGA